AUGUCCCAACCCUGCGCACCACCUAUUCUCGAUUUCUCCCCCUUCUACGGAGAGGACAGCGAUGCGAAAGCCAAAUUGGUCGACGAGGUCCGCAAGUCGUGUCUCUACAAUGGCUUCUUCCAGAUCACCGGCCAUAGGGUGCCUUUGGAUCUCCAGCGACGCGUCAUGAGCUGUGCAAAGAGAUUCUUCGACAUGCCUUUGGAAGAGAAGAUGAAAGUUGACAAAAACAACAAUUCAUUCAAUCGAGGGUACGAACUCCUACGGUCGCAAAUGCUCGAGGUUGGAACUGGUCCGGAGCUGAAGGAGGGCUACUACAUCGGUGAAGAGAUACCUCAGGACCACCCGUAUUUUGUCCAGAAAAAGUUGAACAGUGGCCCCAACCAGUGGCCCGCUACCAUCGAAGAUCGAGACGAGUUCGAGCGGACGUCUAUGGAGUACUAUCAUGCCGUGUUUGACUUGUCCAAGGAUGUCCUCGCCGUUCUGGCCUUGACGCUCGGUGUCGAUACCAGCUAUUUCGAUCCCCUGACAGAGGGCGCCGUCGCGACGAUGAGAUACCUGCACUAUCCAGCGCAGCCCAAAGACGAGGACGAGAAGUUGAACAGGGGAAUUGGCGCGCAUACUGAUUUUGGCUGUGUCACCCUGCUUCUGCAAGAUGAAGUGGAUGGGCUGCAGGUGCUAGAUAUGCCCACUGGACAGUGGCUCGAUGUACAACCGGUCCCAGGAGCCUACGUCGUCAACCUAGGCAACCUUUUCAUGAGAAUGGCGAACGACAAGUACAAAUCUAACAUUCAUCGCGUAAUUAACAAGUCAGGGCGCGAACGCUAUUCCAUCCCGUUCUUCUUCAGUGGGAACCCAGACUAUGUGUGUGAAUGUCUGCCAAACUGUCGCGAGCCGGGUGAAAAGGCCAAAUAUCCUCCGAUAACGGUGGAAGAGAUGGUGACAGCCUCUUACAAGGAAAGCUAUGGUCGAGCGGAGAAGUAUAAGCAAGAGCUGAAGGCAAAGUUGGAGGCUACACCCACUGCCGCGGCAGUUGGGACAUGA